AGUAAUAAUCUCGUAUGUGGGGAAAAGGUUCACUACCGUUUCGGGGAAACGCGAUGACUGAAAACGUAUCUGAAGGCAGUUGCUGGUGUCUUGGUAACUGCAGGAAGCAAGCUGAUAUGGACACACAGAUGAGGCAGCGAGUUUUUACAGGAGUCGUCACUCAGCUGCAAGACCACCAUGGGAUGGUAGACCAGGAGGUGCGCUUCCCUAUGAGUGUUGUAGUGGGGCGUGUGCCCUUGCUUGGCGAGAAGGUGCUGGUGAAAGCAGUGCAGGAUCCGUUGCAGCCUGUCAGCUGGACGGCCCAAAGAGUGCAGGCUCUUAAUGGACAGCCAUUCAAGUCUCCUCCUCCACUGCUACCCUCCAUGUCUACAAACAUGAAGCCAGGAAUUUUGGGAAACAAACCUCAACCACUGCUGAAAUCCCCCAAAAUUCCUCCACUCAUUCCUAGUAUGCAAUCAAAUCCAGGUGGUAUGCACCAGAUGCCCCAUCACCAGCAGCUGCCCUGGACUCCUCCAUUUGAUGGUUGGGGUGUGGGAAACAGGAAGAGACACAACGAGGUGGUAGGAGGGCGAAGAGGUGGACGCUGGGAGGAGGGCGGGACUCCUUGGUCAAGCGACAGCACACACCUGAAGAGGAGGCGGUGGAGAGCCCCGGCCGAGGAGGAGAUGCCGAGGAGGAGCAGCUCUGUGGUCAGCCAGAGUGCUCCCCUCUUCUCCCGCUUCCCGCGAGACAGCCAGGCCUGCGGCACCCUGGAGCUGCGGCGGCGCUACCCACACCUGCACGCCCCUGCCACGCUCUUCCACCUGCAGCUCUGCUGGCCGGAGUCCUUCCCCCCUCGGCAGCCCCUGCCGCUCGCCAGGUCCUGCCUCUAUCACAUGGGCCCCAGCCAGCCCCCGGGGGACACCACCGCCCCCAAAUCAGACCGUGAUGACACCUCAUUCUCUGUUAAGGUGAUGCUCCUGUCCAUGCCUGGUAUGGAGGACUUCUACGCUCAGUGUUGCAGCGGUACAGAGGAUGGCCAGGCACAUGGGGACACGGUACAUCCCACGACACUGUUUAAGUUUCUGUUAUUGGAGAGGAAUGGGGAGCUGGAGCUCCCUGGAGGUCUGUGGUCUUCCAAGGUGGAUGGGUCCAGCCCAGGCAAGGACAGCAGCGCUCUUCUGCGCACUGCAGUCCGCUGCGUGAAGGAGCAGACUGCUCUGGACCUUACAGCCUGCACGCAAUGGCACAAAAUGGCUGAACUCAGGCUGCUGUCUGGCGAUAAAAUGGAGACCGUUGUGAUCUUCAUGCCAGAUGUGUGGAAUCUAGUACAGACGGCGGAGGAGUGGGCCAAGUCACGCGAGGAGCAGAAGGCUGACGAGCCUCCCCUCCCCGACACGCCCGCCCUGGUUGUCCAGCCCUCUGCAGGCCUGGGUCUUUCCGUCAUCUCCCUCUCAUCUUUGCUGGGACCACAGAGCUCCCCAACCUGUGGUACAUUCGAGGUGUGUUUGGCCAGUGAGCUGUUUAGUGAGAUGCUCCAGAGGGAUUUUGGACUACAGCUGUACCACUCACUCUGCAGCCUGCCUCAGGGUCCUAGCGCACCCCGUCUUAACACCAAGCUGGAGGAGAAUGACGCUCCCCUGAAAGACGAGCCGGAUAAGGCAGACAAGCAGGCGAAAAAAAAAGCGAGUGAUGAUGGAAAAAAGAAGACAAAAGAGGAGUGUCAAGAGGGGGAGGAGGUCAUUGUGAAGGAGGAGCUGGACCAGCCUGAGUGCCACACAGAGAACCGGAGGGAGAGCAAGAGCCAAGAAGGAGGCGAUGAAGAUUUGGCCAGUGGGAUAUCAGACAGUCCGUCGCUCAAGGACAAUGAUGGCCCCCUGGGCCAGUGUGAAGAGCUUCCUCGCAAGGUGCUCCUCUCCUGGGUGUUUUUCGACCGACUGCUCAUAGGCCACCUAAGAGAACAGGACAUGCAGGAUAUACUGCUGUCCCUCGGACUCUACCUCGCUCCAGCUCAGGCACAAAAUCUAGUGAGAAAGGCAUCAGUUGGUGGACGGUGUCUGUACCGCAAGCUUUGCUCUCGUUGGGUAGACCCAGACGAGGUUGACCGUGACCUCAGUGCUGAGGGCAACAAAGGCUUGCUACCUGGCACGCCCACCAAGGAGAGGGGCUCGACUCGCCGGUCUACGGGCAGCAUGAACUCAGACGUGGUCGCCUACAAGGGGAGCAUCCUGAAUGUGCCCAACCUGCUGCAGUCCCUCGAGAGCAGCAAAGCUGCACAGCACGAGCUGGAGCGACAGCUGGCCAGCCUGCAGGCCCGACUCGAGGCAGCCGAGGCAAAGCGAGUUUCUCAGCAACAGGAGCAGCUGAAGAGCAGCCUGGAGGAAGCAGAAUCCCUCAACAGGACCUAUGAGAAGAGUCUGAAGGAGAACGCAGGUCACAUGCUCGCUGUCAUCGAAAAGAUGCAGAUGAUGAUCGAUCAGACGACACUCCUUACAAGAGCAAAGGAGGUGAAAGAGGUCCAGGACUGACUGUCUGCUCAUGUGCCACAGUAGUCAAGAACCGUUUUGGCAUUUCUCAGUCUGCAUUUCUUUGUCAUCUUAAGCUCCAUAUACACGUGGAGUAUAAAUGGGACUGUGUAGUUCAAUAUUAAAAAUGUCAAUGCUCAACACCAGCUUCAGUUCAGAGGCAAGGUCUGAAAGAUUUUUGUGUGAAAACGUUUGGUUUCUGAUAGAACUUGCCCAAAUGGGUAACUUUACCCUCUGUGGAUAGCAUGAAACUUGAUGUUGGAGUUCUGUGAUUUCCUUUAUAUUAUUAUUUAUUUUAUUUUUAAAUAUAGAAAGAGGGGAGGAUGUUAUUAAAAUGCAAUUUUGGAUACUA